AGACGUCCAUCAGGUGGCACAUGAAGAGCCUCGUUUCCAAACACCGGCAGAAAAAUGUCUCAAGUUCUAGUUCUGAAUCAGAAUACCAAGCGGGAGUCGGGCAAGAAGGUCCAGUUAGGCAAUGUGACAGCCGCAAAGACGGUUGCAGAUGUCAUAAGAACAUGCCUUGGACCAAGAGCUAUGCUGAAGAUGUUGAUGGACCCCAUGGGUGGUAUUGUGAUGACCAACGACGGCAAUGCUAUCCUCCGGGAGAUCACUGUUGAGCAUCCAGCCGCCAAGUCCAUGAUUGAGAUUGCAAGGACCCAGGAUGAAGAGGUUGGAGAUGGUACCACGUCUGUCAUCAUCCUUGCUGGUGAAAUGUUGGCUGUAGCCAGCCCGUUCCUCCAACAGAAGAUGCACCCUACUGUGAUCAUCAGCGCCUACAGACAAGCCUUGGAAGACAUUGUUGACAUUCUAAAAGAAAAGAUCAGUCGCCCUGUUGACACCUCGAACCGAGAUGAAAUGUUGAAGAUCAUCAAGAGCUGUGUUGGAACAAAAUUUAUCAGCAAAUGGUCGGACCUUGCUUGUAAGAUUGCUCUUGAUGCAACUAAGACAGUUGCCCUAGAAGAACAUGGCCGUAAAGAAAUUGAUAUCAAGCGAUAUGCUAAAGUAGAAAAGGUCCCUGGUGGAACUAUGGAAGACUCUGAAGUGUUGUCUGGUGUAAUGAUAAAUAAGGAUAUUGUUCACCCAAAAAUGAAGAGGCGGAUAGAGAACCCAAGAAUUCUACUCCUCGACUGCAACUUGGAAUACAAGAAAGGAGAGAGUCAAACCAAUCUAGAAAUAACUAGUGAAACAGAUUUUGCUAAAAUCCUCCAGCUUGAAGAAGAGUUUGUUGCCAAUAUCUGUGCAGAUAUCAUCCGUGUUAAACCAGAUCUUGUCAUCACAGAGAAGGGUGUCUCAGAUCUUGCUCAACAUUUCCUGGUCAGGGCUGGUGUGGCUGCAAUCAGGAGAGUAAGGAAAUCAGACUGUAACAGAAUUGCAAGGGCAUGUGGAGCAACGAUUGUGAACAGAACUGAGGAAAUCAAAGAGGAGGAUGUUGGAACAGAAUGUGGACUCUUCGAGAUUAAGAAAAUGGGAGAUGAAUAUUUCACAUUCUUGACGCAGUGUAAGAACCCUAAGGCUUGCACCAUCCUGCUUCGAGGAGCCAGUAAAGACAUUCUGAUGGAGGUCGAACGUAACCUGCAAGAUGCCAUGAAUGUAGCCAGGAAUGUUAUGAUUGAUCCCUUCUUGGUGCCCGGUGGAGGCGCUGGAGAAAUGGCCCUUGCUCAGGCCCUGAACGAGAAGGCUAAGACUAUCCAAGGAGUUGACCAGUGGCCUUACCGUGCAGUCUCAAGAGCUCUAGAGGUUAUUCCUAGGACACUUAUACAGAACUGCGGAGCUAACACGAUUAGGACAAUUACAGCUCUUAGGGCAAAGCAUGCAGCUGAUGGUAAUACAACCUGGGGCGUGGAUGGCGAAUCUGGUAACAUCGUCGACAUGAACGACUUUGGAAUUUGGGAACCAUUGUCUGUUAAGGCACAGAUUUACAAGACUGCCAUUGAGACUGCUGUACUCCUUCUUAGGAUAGAUGACAUCGUGUCAGGAAUGAAGAAGAAACGAGAAGAGCCAGGAUAUAUCCCACCUCAAGAGGGCGAGCAGUGAUCUGAUAUUGAAAAGACUCAAAUUCCUUAUUUCAAAACCCAGGCAUGUUCUUGCCUCAUAUAAUCUAGGGCUUUUCAAACCUGCUGUGAAAUGAUCACGUGUUCCUUUACGUGCCGUGGCAAGUUUCUUUCAAAGGAGGCUGAUCGGUCAAUUUUCACAUCAGUGUUGUAAUGAUGGUUUUCCUGAAGGUAGAACAUGGGGCUUGAAGCCUUAUCAAGCCUGUUGUGGUCAUAGUAUCAAAAACUCAAAGUAAUGAGUUUUUGGUAGUAUAAUAAUGAUGUUUUGUUGAACCAUAUCAUACAUUGACGUUACUUAUGUUAUAAUCCCUUGGGAAGCUGAUUUUUUGUAUAGUAGAAAAAAUAUAUGGAACAAAUUGUGAGUUUUUUGAGCGGUGAUAAUAUUCUCCACCAGGUUUCGGAAAUCAUUUACAAACCAGAAGUUAAGUUUGACUGUGAUCUCUGUGUUGUGACUAAAUUUGAUGUGCUUUCCCUGUGCAGGAAAUAAAAAUAACCCAUGAGAAAAAUAUGAUAUACAUGUAAGGCGAGCUUUCGUCGUCUGACCAAAAUUCGUUAAGACCAUUAUCCACUUUCGCUGUCCUGAGCAGUCUCAACAACUAAAAAAAAUUGUGCUCGUUAUUUUUUGCAAACCUUAUACAGUAUUUGUUUGCUUGUGAUGCAAAAAUCACAAUUUAUGUGCCCCUUCCUGCUUCCAGUCUCAAGCAGACGAACAAGUGUGUUUUGUAUGAAAUUAUUAGUGUAAUAAAAAUAUUAAAAAUGAGAA